AUGCCCUCUCCGACCUCCAAUCAGCGCCUCGUCGCCACCUUCUCGCUCAUCCUCGCUCUAUUCCCUCUCCUCGCCGCGGCGCACGAAGGCCACGACGACGACAUGGACAUGGGCACCGACACCGCCAUGGUCAUGACCUCGGGCCACAUGGUGCCCUACCUCCACUUCACCCCGGGCGCGGACACGAUAUGGUUCGAGGGCUGGGUGCCGACCUCUGCGGGCGCGGUGGCUGGCGCGAGUAAAGAGAUCCUCCAAUCUCGAGCUACCGCCCCAUCUGAAACGAGGCAGAACGAGAAGAGCUACGCACCAAUUCACACCCAGUCGUCUUCGUCUGCGUCUUCCGAUGCCCACGGCCCAGCGCACAAGCCCGUCCCGCCGCCAGUGCCUCCGUUCUCACAAGCGUCGGCGUUGGGUUUUGCCUUUAUGUUGGCUGUCAUGACGUACAACGUUGCGUAUGUCCUGGCGAUUGUAAUUGGACUCGGUGUGGGCGAGACGUUGUUUGGGAGGCAUAUUAGCGCGGCUGGGGUUGGGCACUAG